AUGACUUCGUACGACUACAUCAUUGUAGGCGGCGGUGUCGCCGGGCUCACGCUCGCAGCCCGACUAUCCAAGCUCCUUCCGCCGUCUAGCGAGAAGAAGAUCCUCGUGCUUGAAGCUGGCACCGACCCAUCUCAGACAGAAAGCAUCCUCUCAUCCGUGUACGCCCACGAGGCCCGAGAGUCCGAGCACAGUUGCAUCCUGGAGAUCGCUCCGAACUCUCACCUGAACAACCGCGCUGUGCGCGUGCCGGUUGGCAAAGCCAUCGGCGGGUCCGCGGCCAUCAACGGCGGAGCAUGGACACGAGGCCCCAAGUCGGACUACGACUACUGGGCCAAACUUGUCGCCGACGACGCCUGGUCGUAUGACAAACUCCUCCCGUACUUCAGAAUGACGGAGCAGGUCUUCACCGGCGAAGGUGAGGGCAAAAUGGACCGCGACGAGCUGCACCACGGCUAUGACGGGCCCUUGACCGCCACGCCCGUCCGAGCGAACUGGCCGAAGCGCAAGUAUCCUCUCCGCGAGACCGUCCAGAAGGCAUGGGAGGAAGCAGGCGUCAGGUACAUUGCCGACGGGAACAAGGGCGAUCAGAACGGCCUGACUGAAAUGGUCGAGGUCUGGCUGCAAGGCGCGCGUCAAUUGCCCGGUAAAUUCUACGACCUUUCUCAUGUUGAGAUUCGAAAGCGGUGUCAUGUCCAGCGUGUCACUUUUGAUGAUAAGUCUGGAGAGGUAGUCGCCAAUGGCGUCGACCUUGUCGGAGGCGAGCAUAUCGUUGCGAACAAGGAGGUCGUCAUCUCUGCCGGAGUCUAUCACAGUCCACAAAUUCUCAUGCUUUCAGGAAUCGGCGAUCCUGCAAUGUUGGAAGAGUAUGGCAUUCGGAUGGUGGCCGUGAAUGUCGAAGUCGGGAAGAAUCUCAAGGACCAUCUGGGUCUUGGAUUGACAUGGAAGCUCAAGCACCCCGAGAAAGGUCUCGCGCUGGGCUCGCCGCUGCUGAUGGAUCCGUCGUACUUCGCUGGCUGGCCCAUGGACUUUAUCGAGUUCAGCUCGCUGAACGAGCUUUCCACACUUCAGCCGCUUAUCGAGGAUCCUGCAGAUCGCGAAUUCUUGCUCCGGCAGGGUGCUUCACACAUGGAACUGGUUCCACUAUAUGUCCCCUUGGGCAGUAGGUUGGCGGGAAUCGAUGCUGCCAUCGACGGUAGUCACAUCACCACCUUGUGCGUCUGUCUGGCUACCACAUCCAGGGGAUCUGUGACAAUUAAAUCGGCCAACGCCGAGGAGCCUCCAGUCAUUGACGUCAACUCCAACGCAACCAAGUCGGACCGAUAUAUCCUUCGUGAAGCUUUGCGAAAAAUGUCAAGCAUCCUGCUUGAGACUGAAACGGGCAAAUCCUUCAUAUCUCAUGAGGUCACUCCCGAAGGCUAUGUGCCCAUUACGAAGGAGACGCCGGAUGAAGAGAUAGACAAACGAAUCCGGAACUUUGGAGUGAGUAUCGAUCAUCCGAUGGGUUCAUGCUCGAUGGGUACGGUGGUCGAUAGCCAUUGUCGUGUGGCAGGUGUGAAAGGGCUGAGGGUAGUCGACGCAUCCGUCUUCCCGAUUCCGCUUGCUUGCCAUAUCCAGGCAGCUGUUUAUGUUCUUGGCGAGAGAGUCGCAGAGUGGGUGGCAUGGGGUGAAUAG